CCCAACAUUGUUCUCACAGCUCAUUACACAUAGCCCGCUCGGUCAUCGGAGCGAGAAAGCUCGCCGGCGACCUCACCGUGCACAUGGCGCGCGCCGCCAUUUGCCUAGCCGUCUUCUUCCUCCUCGCCGUCAUUUCAUCCGCUGCCUCAGAUGACCCGUUGACAACCGUGCAGCAGCCAAUUAGCCAGGUAAGCCAUGGCGCCACCAUGGAGGAAAAGAGAAGUUCGCCGGUGAAGCAAGACGAAGGCGAGGAGAAGGCAGCCAGCAAGGCCGUCCAAGCCGGUGAUCGGCGAGACGGCGAGCUUGACGUCGGUAGAGGAUCAGGCCAAGAUGCUGAGCAUCACCGAGGUAUAGAGAUCAAGAAAUUAGAUAAUGAUGACGAUGAUGGCAGUGAUUGGGACUCUGUUGAUGACUCCGAUUCGGACCACGAUUCAGACUCUGAUCAUGAUCAUGACUCGGACUCAGAUCAUGAUUCGGACUUUGAUCGCGGCUCAGAUUCGGAUCAUGAUUCUGACUCUAACCAUGACAUCGAUGGUGAUGACAACGACGACGAUGACGACGAUAAUAAUGACGACGAACACAAAACAAACAAGACAAUGAGUAAGAAGAAGAAGCGCUCAGCUUCUGGUGGGAGAAGGGUAGGUCCAGGUGGUAACAAGAGCUAAUUAAGAAAGAAAGGAAAUGCUAUGGGGGUGUUUGGGAGAGAGGGGCUACAUAGGGACUUAUAUUUUUGUGAGAGGGACUAAAGUUUAGCCCCACUUUAAUCCCUCCAACCAAACACCACCUAUAUAUUGCAAUAAUGGUGUGUGAGCUUGGUGCAACGUGCUUCCUCCACAAAUCGAUGGAUGGCGCGUUCUUAUCUUUAUUUAACUUGUAUAAUUAUGAGUGUGCUUAGGGCAUCCACAAUAGUUAUCUAUAUGCUCUCUACAAGAGAUUCAUGUCAGCAUAUCUUCCUACUUGGAAGAUAUUAAAUGAAGAGAGAGAGAGCAAAACUAUCUACUAACUUGGAGAUAGUCUAUAGAUAAAACGAGGCAAUAGAUCGAUACCCAUGUAGACAUACUAUUAAGGAGGUUUACUAUUAAUAUAGUCUAUUGCUGAGA